GUAGUACAUACUACAGACUACAGAGGGAUGGCGUUUCGUCUGUAGCGAUCGGUUGGAGCUUGUGGAUGAAAUGGGCCCCAAUUUCUGUUGCCCUCCACCAUUUUUGACCCCUUAAAAUUCAGACAGAUGGACAGUCUACUUACAUUCUCUCCCUCAUCUUCUUCUCCCUUGAGAUGUUCUUGCUGUUCUUGCUCCAAUCUCCUCUUGUUUUCUUGCUGGGAGUUGUGGUGGCUGCUGCUGCUGAGCUAGGAGUAGUUCACAUGUGUGUGAGCUGAAGCUGAGGUUGGUUGCUUGCUUGCUUGGCCAUCUGGAACAGUCAGUGUCUCUGCUUUUUUCCUCCCAUUUUUUUAGUUUAUUUUUUUGGCUGCAGAGAGAGAGAGAGAGAGAGAGAGAACUCUGCUUUCUUCUCCAACUCCCUCCCUUUUGCUUUCCCACCUCUUUGCCUCAAUAAUGAUGGGGUGGUGGAGAUGGUGGUGGGUUUGGUCCUGAAGCUCCAUGCCCACUCUCUCCAGCUCUCUCCUCUCCCUGUCCAAAUCCACCACCAGCUUCUUUCUUUCCAUUUUGCUUCUCCCUUUCUCUUUUCCUGUUCUAGUUGGGGAGCAGCAGCAGCAGCAGGAGCAGUAGUAGUAGGUUGUUGGUUUUGUACCUUUGGGCUCUUUGCCUUUGCUUUCUUGCUGGGGAUUGGGAGGCCUGCCUUGAAGCUGAAUCCCAAUCUUCCCCUGCCCACAUCUGCUUCCCAGCAUCCUGCAACUUUGGUUAUAAGGUGGUUGGUUUUUGUUCUUGAUUUGCUUCAUCGAUUGGGAGGUUUCUUGCUGUUCUUGGGUUUUGUGCUGUGAAUUGGAUUGGGAGGUUUUUUGUUGCCAUGAGGGCGGCGGAGGAGAGGAAGGGUGUGGUGCCGGCGGCGAGGAGGAGGGACCAGUUCCCCGUCGGUAUGCGUGUCCUCGCCGUCGACGACGACCCGGUGUGUCUCAAGGUGCUCGAGACCCUGCUGCUGCGCUGCCAGUAUCAUGUGACGACAACAAAUCAGGCUGCUAUCGCGCUGAAAAUGCUGCGGGAAAACAGGGACAUGUUUGAUCUAGUUAUCAGCGACGUCCAUAUGCCAGACAUGGACGGCUUUAAGCUUCUUGAGCUUGUGGGGCUUGAAAUGGACCUCCCUGUCAUCAUGUUAUCUGUGAAUGGAGAGACCAAAACUGUAUUGAAGGGGAUAACCCAUGGUGCCUGCGACUAUCUCCUAAAACCUGUUCGAAUCGAAGAGCUCAGGAAUAUCUGGCAGCAUGUUAUCAGGAGGAAAUUCAGUACUCGCGACCGUGCUAAUCUCGAUUUCUAUGAAGAGUGCAACAAGCCACCAAAUGCGGAUUCAGACCAUGUGCAUGGCCAUGUUACAUGUGGAUCACCUGAUCAAAGUGGGAGGCCCAGCAAGAAGAGGAAGGAGUACUGUAGUGAAGAGGAGGAUGAGGGUGAGGUCAAUACUCAAGAUAUUGAUGAUCCCUCGGCUCCAAAGAAGCCGAGAGUUGUUUGGUCAGUUGAACUACACCGGAAAUUUGUCGCUGCUGUCAACCAGCUUGGAAUUGACAAGGCUGUGCCAAAAAGGAUACUUGAGCUCAUGAAUGUUGAGAAACUCACAAGGGAAAAUGUUGCAAGUCACCUACAGAAGUACAGGCUCUAUCUCAAACGGCUAAGCGCUGUGGCGUCGCAACAAGUUAGCAUCGUUGCUGCUUUGGGAGGUAGAGACCCCUUUCUGCACAUGGGUGGAUUUGAAGGACUACAGGGUUAUCAAGCUUUUACCUCUUCCGCAGCUCUAUCAUCUUUUACUCCACAUGGAUUGUUAAACAGUCCUAGAAACAAUCCAGCAGCUCUUGGAACUCAGGGGGUACCUGCUUCAAAAUCGAUUCAGACUAUGAGCGGAAGCCAUACAUUGAGCCAUUCCAUUAAUGAUGCAAAUAAGUACCACCUUAGCUUACCAGGAAACCAGAAAGGAAACUUGGGACAAGGUUUGGCAACAUCGCUUGGGCAGACCCAAAUGCAACAGAAGUGGAUCCAUGAAGAAACCGAUGAUCUGUCCACCAUCCUUUCUGGGAAUGGCCUAUCUAAUGGUAUGUCUGGCACACUCCAAAGUGUCACAAGCAGUCCUUUGCUGCCUCAAGAACUAGCCGAGUGCACACAAGCCAAAAUUGUCAGUCAGCCAUCAAUUCGAACUUCCUCUGUAAGUUCAGAACAUAUUGAAGGCGCCGUUGGAGUUUCAUCUGGUCUGCUUGAAUCUCGUGUAUCCCAGCAGAGUACUAUUCCUUUAUCAGGAUUUUCCGCCAACGGGUUGCUAAUCCAUGGUUCGUUUAACAAUACCUGUGCAAACAAAUUGGGUGGUACAUCUUCAUCGUGUGCACCUGCUCGCUCUUCAAAUGACCUUAUGGUAGCAAGAGACACAAAAGGUGGAGCUAGCUCUUUUGGUGGCGCGAUGCUUUUACCUCCAGAUACAGAGCAAAAGUACUUGAAUUUUGGAGGUGGAAACGGUUUGAAACAGAAGUUCGAUGAUAGGACUGCAGACAGUCUGUUUGAUCUCAAGUUCGUAUGGAGUUCUGUACCGAGCUCUCAAUUGGCAAGCAACAUUGGGGCUCAUCAUGCUAUGAGCCAAAGAUGGAACAAUAGCAGUAGUAACAGUAGCAAUAUUGGUGCCAGAAUGAUUGGGCAAGCAACCUCAAGUGGUUCAACAGUUAUCCCACAAAUGAAGACAGAUUUCCUCGUUUCGGGAGAUAUGGCGAUGCCGAAGAACGCCUCCGAUUUGAGCAUCCCGAAACUUCAGAGCGAACUUAGCUCUAGCAGCUGCAGCUUCGACGGCCUUCUCAAUUCCAUAGUCAAAGUGGAGAAGGAUGAUGUUACCUUCAGCGACGACCUGGGGUGCGGCGAUUUCUACUCCCUUGGAGCUUGCAUAUGACAGAUCUCUCGUCUGCAUCUGUGUACAUGUCCCCCCAUUGUAUGCUGUGUACUAGCUAGCAGUGUUAGUUUGUGAUGUAAUCUAGUCUAGGCCUGUGUAUCUAUGUCAAUAUAUGUAUUGUAGUAGUAAUCUGGAGGACGAGAUGGGUUGCCAACUCGACCUAGAAAGAGAGACAUUGAUGGCUUGUAUAAACCUGAGCUUACUGUCAGUUUCUUCUUCCUCGUCCUGGUUUGGCACAGACAGCCGUGGCGCGGCUGGAUUUACAUUUUAGGACAUAUAUUUGGGGAGCU